AUGUCGGCGAUGCGACCGCUGGUCGCGCCGGGGCACGCCGCGCCCCGCGUGACGCAGCUCGCGCGCCGGCGUCGACCCGCGGGCGCUGCCCGAGGUAACGAAAUGCACAGUCAGCUUCCCGUCGGGUCGCGACGCGUGGGGUCGGGGCCGAGGCCCGCGCGGCGGGCGAUCGUCGGAACGCACGAGGCGCCGUCUCACGUCGCGAACGUCUCCACCGGGGGCUCGGAUUCCGCGUCGCAGCAGCCCGGGGGCGGCGCCGGCGGGUCGGGAGCCGCGCCGAGUGGCACCACGCUGCUGGUCAGCAUCCACGGAAAGCUCGACUACGGCCUGCAGAUGGGCAUAUCGGGCGACGCGACGGAGUUUGGCAGCUGGAAACCCGAGAAGGCGUACAUCUUGAAGUGGACGGAGGGCGACGUGUGGACCGCGCGGGUCGACAUACCCGCGACGGUCAAGGAGGUCAAGUACAAGCUGCUCACCACGUACAAGGGGAUGGAGUUUGACUGGGAAGAUUUCGGAAACCGAACGCUGGACCUGACGCCCGGCGGGGGCGACGCCAUCUGCAGGAUAUCCGGCGAGUACGGCCAAGCGUUGGACGUACAAAUCUCCCCGAGGCCGACGCCCGGACCGCCGACGACGCCCGCCGCGAGCGCGCAGGGGCAGCCGCUCAACGUCAACAACAUCACGUCGCAGCCCGCGUCGGUGAACAACCAGUCGUCGUCAUCGUCGCCCCCCGGCGCGCACUUUGAGCCCGCGCCGGGCGCGAGGAAGGAGCCGACGCCGGGCACGCCGGGUAAGAGGACGACUCCGGGCGGGAUCAGCCUGGAUCCCCCCGAUUUCUCCAAGGGGAGCUGGCGGUCCUCGUCGAGCGGCGGUUCGAGCGCCGCCAAGGGUUCAAGCGGGCUGGGCGCGUUCUCUCAGUCGUUCAGCGAGCGCGUGGAGCGCGCCAGGGAGGCGGCGCGCGGGGAGAAGACCGCGGCGAAGGCGUCCAAGACGGACGACCUCCCAACGCUGGCGGACAGGUACGCCGAGUGGGACGCGGACCUUCCGUCUGUGACGACUACUCCGCCGACGUCGAGAUCGUCGGCGCAAUCGGAGCUGAGCAUGGCGGCGGAGCAGGCGUCGCAGGGGUUCGCGGCCGCGUUCGGGUUCGAGACGAAGACGGCGGAGCCCGUCCCGGUGAACGCCUACGACAACGCGAACGCCGGUUUGACGCAGGCGAUGGCGGCGUACGAGUCUUACGAGGACAUCCGAAGGCGCCAAUCGAGCCGGAGUCCGUCUUACGACGAGUCGGACGGUGAUUCGUAUUCCAGCUUCAACGACCGAGUCAGCAAGACCCUGGAGCGGCUCACCGGCUUGGCCAACAGGAAGAGCAACAACGCGGCCGGGAGGGACGAGUCCGACAACGGGUACGGAGCGGCGUACGCGGUCGACUCGUGGCAGAGCGCGCCGCCCUCGUCGAAGAACACCAACGGCUGGUCGUCAAACUCCGGAAGCGAAAGCUCGUCAAACUCCGGAAGCUCCUUCUCGGCGACCGACGGAACUAACGGGUGGUCGUCUUCGUCGUACGAACCGUCGGCGCCGCCGCCGAGCAAGGCGGCGACGGCGGCGGAUGAUUACCAACCCGCGUACACGGUGCCCGACGGACGGGGGGGGGAAUCGGUGAGCAGCGGCUCGAGCGGGUCAUCGUACGGCUCGGGAUCGUCGUCGUACGGCUCGGGGAUCUCGUACAACGGCGGAUCGCAGGGCGGGUCGGAGAGCGGGCGGUCGUCCAGCGACUGGUACACCGAGCCGGCGACGGACGGGUACAACGGGUACGGCGGCCAGUCCGCACAGAACGGUUACCAGUCCGCGCAGAACGGUUACCAGUCCGCGCAGAACGGUUACGGCGGCCAGUCCGCGCAGUCCGCCGCUGCGGCGCCUCGGGUUGAUUCGUACGCCUCCAGGGCGUACGAGUACGAGCCCCCGAGGCUGAGUAACUCGGUUCAUUUGCUGCCCGACGGCGCGUGCCGAGACCUCGCCGUGGCCGACGACGCCGCGUCCACCUGGCUCGAGAAACUGGAGAUCGUCUCCGGGAUGAUCGGCACCGGCAACGAGGUCACCGUGGAUAAGAUCGCCGCGUGCUGCAUCUACGUCAGGUGGCUCGGCAACUGCGACGUGGACUGCGGCGAGGACGACGGGCGGCGGGGUCCCGCCGCCGCCUGCGGCGUUGCGCGGGAUAUCUUCGUCAAUCUGGAGACCACCGCCGGCGAGCUGUACAAGCGAGGGACCCGGGUCGGGGAGGUGGAGCGCGCGCUGAUGCGGCAGAUUCAACCUUGGCUCCCGAGCUUCGCGGACGAGUUCGAACGCGGCGGCGCUCCGAUGGCUCGCAUCCGCGGCAUCACGUCCAUGCCCGAGGUUCCCCAGCCGCUCCGCGAGGAGAUUUCCAAAUCCAUCGAGAACAAGCUCGCGAGGAACGCCGGACCGGUGGCGUUGUUCGCCACGGAGGCCAUGCUCAAGACCAUCAAAGAAGAUGCCUACCCCGGUCAGUACCCUCAGAGAUUCGUGGACGAGUUUGUCGCGUUCACGCAGGAGCUCAAGCGGUACUUCAACUGCGCCGGCGCGCUCGACAGGCUCUACGCCAUGGAGGCGCUGGACGACGACCAGAAGCUCAUGGUCGACGAGUUACGGGACGCCAUGUCGCAGCUGACGCGCAGCGCGAGCGCCACGACGACCGCGGGGAGCGGGCUGACCACCCCCGAGGGCGCGGCGGUGUUGAGGGCGCUUCGAGCCACCACGGCGGUUCGCGGCUAUUUCACGUCGCUGCUCUCCACCGCGCUUCGCGAGUCGACGUCCGGCGAGGCGGCCAUGACGCAGCGGCAGCAGUGGAGGAUGGCGGAGGUGUCCCUCGAGGAGCUCGGGUUCGUGCUCCUGACCAGGACGCUCUUCUGCGCCGGGUUCGUCGGCGACGACGACGAGGGUAAGGGUGAGUUUGAGCAGUCGCUCUCGUACGACCCCUCGGUUUGGACCGCGGCGUGUAACUGCGUGUCGCAGGGCCUCAGGCACGUGGCCCUGUCCAUGUGGCGGCCGAUGGAGUGCCACGCGGUGGCCAGGGAGCUCGAGGCGUGGUGCGCGAAGGGGGACGCGAACGGGCAGGGGCCGAUCGGGACCCCCGAGGCGGCGCUCCGAAUGCGAGCCACGCUGGAGCGAGCGCUGCGGCUGCUCCAGGCGCACACGGAGGCGGUGACGAAGGCGUACGGUGAAUCCCCCGCGCUGCUCGGCACCGCGCUCAACGUCCCGAGCUACGUGAGCGACGCCUUUGCCGACACCGCCAUCCGCGGCGGAGUGCCUUUCCAGCUGUCCAGGCUGGUCGAUCCCAUGCGCAGGGCGGCUUCCGUCGCGGCGGGUCUCGGGGAGGGUUCCAAAAAGUCAAUCGUCCUCGGCAAGGGCGUGGGCCGCCUGGUCGAGUGCGACGUGCUGGAGCCCGGCGCGUGCGGCACCGAAGCCGACGGCCCGGUCAUCGCGUUCGUCUGGAACGUCGACGGGAGCGAGGAGGUGACGUGCGCGGGGCGACACGUGCGUGGGAUCAUCGCCGCGAGGGCGUUGAACCCGACUUCGCACCUCGCCGUGCGCGCGAGGCAGGAGGGCGUGCCUCUCACCGCCACGCCAUCCGCGAAGGGCGCCGAGAACGCGGCGAGGGCGGCGCGCGAGUUGAUGGGCGACUGGGUGCAACUCACGGUGAACGACGGCGGCGUGCUCCUCGGGCGGGCGUCCGCGCAGGAGCGCGACGAGGCGAGGUAUAAUGUGCGGGGGCCCAAUGGUCCGAAGCCGCACGCCAGCUGUGCGACGCUCAACCCGCGACUCAUCUCCAACGGCGUCGAGUGCGUCCGACUCGCCGAGGCGGUCGCCGAGCGCGCGGGGCGUAAAGCGGCGACGUGCGGUGACCUCACCCGCAUCGCCGCGCGCCCGGGCAGCGGCUUCACGGCUCUAGACGGCGUCGUGGUGCCGUUCGGCGCGAUGGAGUCGAGGCUUCGCGAACGCGGCCGGUGGUCCGCGUACCAAAACGCAAUCGCCGCGGUGGACGACGCGACCCGCCGAGGGUCCCCGCCGGACAUCGAGCGCGCCUGCGACGCCGUGCGUGAGCUCGUUACAAACGCCGGGUGCUCGCUCGAGCUCGCCGCGACGAUAUGCGCGGGUUUCUUCGAGUCCGGCAAGUUCGGCACCGGGCUCCUCGCCGUUCGAGCGUCGGCCAACGUCGACGACCCGGCGCAGAUGAGCGGGUGCAGCGGGCACUUAAGCGUCGUGGGAGUCCAGGCCAACAGCUGCGCGGCGGUCGCCGAGGCUGUCGCCGCGGUGUGGGCGUCGCUGUUCACCCCGGAGGCUGUGCAAACUCGCGCGGCGGCUGGCGUCGCCGCGUCGGCUGACGCGCACAUGGCGGUCAUCGUGCAGGAGAUGGCGCCGGCGGCGACGUCUUUCGUCCUGCACACCGGGGGCCGGAUCGAGUCGGUAAAGUCGUUGAACCCCGGCGCCCUGCCGGACCCGCGGCUGGAGGUCGAGCUCGCGGUGGGUCUCGGCGAGGCGCUCGCCAGGUCCGGAAGCGGAUCGCGGGGCGACCCGUGGAGGGUGGAGGUUGACCUCGCCACCGGCGACGCGACGACGACGGCGUUCGGCGGCGUCGGCAUGGCCCGCGUGUACCAGCCGCAUCUCGGCCUGAGGGACGAGGCUGUGGACUACAGCAAGCAGGAGCUCAGUUUGGACGCCGGGGCGCGGGAGAGGCUGUGCAGGCGUCUGGCGGCGGUCGGUGCGGCGCUGGAGGCUGAGUUUGGGGGACCGCAAAACGUGGAGGGGUGCCUCGUGGGCGACGACGUGUACGUGUUCCAGUCGAGGCCCCAGCCGCUGUGA